AGUGUUUAUUGUGAAUUUUUCUGAAUCUAAAUAUAUUUAUCAAAUCUUUAACUUUUCAGUGCUUUAUUUAAGUGAUAUUACAUGGUUUCCAGUCAUUCAGUGUUAUUUGUUAUGUAUUUCAGGUACACUAAGUGUAAAAUACAUCCACCAUGACCGAUGUUGAAGUUCCCAAUGCCCCCGUGUUGAGCGGCGGUGCUAUGGAUGUGAACACAGCUCUACAGGAAGUCUUGAAGACUGCUCUCAUCCACGGUGGUCUAGUACAUGGUCUCCAUGAGGCAGCCAAAGCUCUGGACAAGAGACAAGCAGUUUUAUGUGUAUUGGCUGAGAACUGCGAUGAAGAUGCAUACAAGAAAUUAGUUCAGGCACUCUGCAAUGAACAUCAAAUUCCUCUUGUCAAGGUUGACAACAACAAGAAACUCGGUGAAUGGGCUGGUCUAUGCAAAAUUGACAAGGAUGGCAAAGCGAGAAAAAUUGUUGGAUGCUCAUGUGUAGUUAUCAAAGACUUCGGUGAGGAGACUCCAGCCCUGGAUGUACUAAAAGACUACUUGAAAUCUUCAAGCUAAUCUCUAGGUUUAUGAUAUAAUUAAAAAACCAAAAAAAAAUAAACUAGUUUUAUUAGUAAUAAUACCCAUUA